CCGCGCGAGGCCAUAAAUCCCCCUCGCUGAUUCUCCUUUCAGGGCCGAUCUCUCUCUCCCCUCCCCCCCCCCACCGCGUCCGCCCGCGCGUUCCGUCCUGCUUCCACCGUCAUGUCUGCCCCGGGUGGCCCACUCUCCUUUGACUCUGUCAUGAAGCCCUCUGCCGGCGCCACCGCCUCGAAGGGUGGUCGUCGCGAUCGCCGCUCCAGCGCGCCCAAGCCUCUGGCCCCCAGCGGCGGUGCCACCAUUGAGCACAUCUCCCGGCGUCUUUCCUACUUCCUGCGUCAUGGCGCUGCCGAGGCUGGCAUCCCGAUGGCUGCCGACGGCUUUGCCUUCCUCGAUGACAUUUUCAAGCAGUCGCAGAUGCGAAAUGUCACCGUCGAGGAUGUUCGCGAGGUGGUCCGCGCCUGCCCGAAGCAGCGCUUCGCCCUCGAUGAGACCGGCCCCAGGAUCCGCAUUCGCGCCAACCAGGGCCAUUCGUUCGCCGUUGCCGAGCUCGAGCUCAAGACAAUCACCCUUGAGAACUUCACCGAGAUCUGCCCCGUCGUGUACCACGGCACCUCGAAGGGCACCUGGGACAAGAUCCUCGAGUCCGGGCACCUUCAUCGCAUGGCCCGCGAGCAUAUCCACAUGACCGUGCCCCAGGGGAUCUCCGGUGCUCGUGCCAGCGCCGGGAUCUUCAUCUACAUUGACCUGGCCAAGGCACUGACCGAUGGCGUGCCCUUCUUCCAGUCCGCCAACGGGGUGAUUCUCUCUCCUGGGGUGGUUGGCACCGAGGGCAUUCUCCCGAGCAAGUACUUUGCCAAGGUCACCAACCGGGCCGGCGAGGUCAUUUGGACCCCGGCUCAGGAGGGGUAGAUUGUAAAACACUUACUCGCCUGCUGGCCCGCUCGCCAUCUCCAGUGCCCAAUGGUGCGCCACUCCAUGGGGCGUGUGUCCAAGUGCGCGCGCGCGCGCACACACACCCACACACUGGGGCCAGGCACCGGAUGCUGGCUGAUGUGUCAAAUAGAAGAAAUUGUCAUGUAUA